GACACUAGGGCCACAAGAGGAGGAAGAGGGCCGCUGUUACUGUUGUUGAGGAGUCAGCUGGUGAGCCUGUCUGUCCCUCCUCGCCUUCCUCGCCUUGGCCGCCGCGAUGAGCCAGCUGCACACCGAGAAGGACCUGGACAUGACCAACUGCAGCCGCGGGUUGUGGUUGGUGAAGAUCCCAAAGUACAUGAGAGACAAAUGGGUUGAGUGUCCAGGAGACGUUGGCAAACUUAGAAUCCAUAAAAUUCCAGGAAAGUUGCCAUCUGUGACAUUUUCCUCAGGAGAGCAGAUCCUGAAGGACAACAAGGUCGCACGGGAGCACAAACUGAAGCUACAUAGUGUCAAGGAAAUGACGCUCGGAGUUUUCUCUUGCACAGUUCCAAGUGGAAGCUCAGAUCCUGUUGUUCCUGAGCAGGAAAAGUUGUACAUGGAAGGACAGGUCAUUCAGAAGUUUGAAUGUCAGCCAGUAGUGGACAGCUUCUACUACAACCAGAAGAAAGCAGCAGCCUUGAUAGCCUCACAGCCCCACCGGAAAGCAGAGUUCAUCUCCAGGCCAGUCCAUUCAUACAGACCCAUUGCCAGACACAAAGUUCACAUUGAGAUGGAUGAGAGGAGAAAGGCAGAGGGCAAGAAAGCUCGAGAUGAUAAGGAUAAGGUGAUGGAAAUGUUAUUUGCUGCCUUUGAAAACCAUCAGUAUUACAACAUCAAAGAUCUGCAGAAGCUGACCAGACAGCCAAUCACAUACCUGAAGGAGAUCCUGAAGGAGGUGUGUGACUACAAUGUUAAGAACCCUCACCGCAAUAUGUGGGAGCUGAAGCCGGAGUACCGCCACUACAAGGUGGAGGAGACAGCUGCUGAUGACCCUGGGAGUGACUAACACAGCCCACUCUCUAGGUGAAGCAUAAUGUUAGGUUGUACGGUUUAUUGGUGUAUGUUGACAGGUCAUUAGGAGUAAGAUUUGGGGUGAAAUGCCAUUGUCCAUUGACAAUAAGCUGCAUCUGCGACUAGGAAUGACUUGCAAAUCAGUAAUAUUAUACUAAAUUAAACUACUUGCCCGACUAUACUUUUAAAAUGAUGUAUUGCCAUGACGACACAAUUAUUUUCAUGAAAUGGGAACUAAAGACCAUUUGUAUUACUUAUAUUUUAUCAAGUUGCUUGUAGUGAUAUCUUUUUUUUUUUUUUCUUUAGCAAAUGCAUUGACAAGAUAUUUAUAUACUUUAAAAGUUCAGAAUGGGAUUUGUAACAGUUUGAAAUAGUCAUCCUGGUUUGAUUAAUACUUAAGGUUACAUCACUCAAUAAAAUAUAAUCUUUUGAA